UUUCAAUGUUUUUACAUAGAAAUAAUGCUGGUUGACUACAGUCACUACAUAUUUCAGUUUUUUGCUUUUGUGCUGCAAGAAAAUUUCUUUGGAUAGAGAUUUUAUAUUCUAUGAUCAUCUGAGAUUCAUCGGCUCCGUUUAUCGAUUAUCGUUAGCAUUCCCUCUUCACUUCUGAAGAAAAAUGGCAUCUGAUUGGGAAGAAGUCCGACGUUUAGCCAACGAUUUCCAGCGGGUCCAACAAGGAAGCACAACGCAACGGUUAUCGGAAAGGAAUUGCAUUGAGAUCGUCUCUAAUCUGAUGAAGAUGAAGUUGCUCGAUGUAGUUUUUACGACAGAUGGCAAGGAAUAUCUGACUCCACAGCAUCUUAACCGUGAAAUCCGCGAUGAAAUAGUUGUCAGUGGGGGGAGAAUAAAUAUUGUUGACGUCGCACAAGCUCUGAAUGUGGAUUUAUCGCAUGUGGAAGGAGCGGUAAAGGAUAUCGUCCGAAGUGACCCGUCACUGAAUUUUAUUCUCGGACAGCUGAUCAAUGCGGACUACAUUGCCUCUUUAGCUGAUGACAUGAACGAACGCCUCCAAGAAAAGGGUGUGAUUAACAUUUCCGAUCUAACCAUCGUGUUUGAUUUGCCGGCGGAAUUCCUGAUGACCGUUGCUGCCGAUAAUUUGGGGAGGCGAAUUCAUGGCCAAAAGGAUCCCAACAAUCCUCGAAUAAUUUUAACGGACUGGUUGAUUGCUCGUCAUCGCGCAGUUUUGCGAGGCGCUCUGAAUGCGUCCAGCCGUCCUGUGCCGAUUCAAGGACUGAUAAAGCAACAUAAUUUGAAUGACCGAAUUACCGCGCUUGUUGUGGAGGAAUUGGUCUCUUUGGGAGAAGUAUCUGGCACUUUGAGCGGUCAGGGUCGGAAAGAUAAAGCAUCAUUCGUCCCUAAUGUCUACAGCAAUGCACAAAAUACAUGGGUGAAGGACUUCCUCAGUUCGAAUGCAUAUGUUGCUUACGAUAUGUUGAAACGAUUUGACAUAGCUGAUCCCAUCCAUUUCCUCAAAAGCCGUUAUGCAACGAGUGAUUUCAUGUUUCUGAAUACCUGUAUGAUACCAAACAGUACCUUUGCUCGCGUCGAAGGUGUUUUGGAAGAUUUCAUGUCGACCGGAACGUGGAUGGAAGGUGUGGGAUUGUUUCCGUCCGGCAUGGAUGAGGAAGAUGUAGCGGCUCUGUUGCAGAAACUGAUGUCUUCCAAGAAGUUCAAAGAUAUUCAGCUGCUGGAAGGAAAUUUUCUGGUAGCUAAUAAGAUGAUUGAUGAUUGCCGAGAUUUGUAUGGACCCAGAAUAGAAACCGUGGCAGACCAAGAAGCCACCACGCAGGCGGCUAUUUUAAUGGCCGCGCCAGCGAAAGCGGCGCAUCAAGAGGACGAUGAUGUAGAUUCAAACGUUUCUUCGAAAAAGAGCCGGAAAGACCAGCGAAAACAACCCACUGCUAAAGUAGCUUCAAAAGGUGGAAAAGGCAAGAAGGUUGAUGAUGUUGAAGGUUCUCAAGAUGUUGCACUUCCGGACUUUUUGACCAUACCGGCAAUUGUAGUGGAAAUGCAGAAAAUCUAUGAAGAUGCUCCUUAUGAACUCCUUAAGGCGAUUGCCGAUUUAAUUCAGCCAGGACUCUCGUCGCAGUAUCGAAAGGUGUUGGAUGCCAAGGCCAAAACAAUUAUUGCAUCAUCGGCGGUGGAUCGCAAACAAACCCAUAAGACGGUGCAGGAUCAGAUUUCCAUGAAUAUGUGGUUAAUGCGACUGUUUUGUAAGGGAAUUGAACAUCUUUCAACAGAUGCUGACAAAAAACAGCUAUCAAAGCAUUUGCUACGGAAUUUGGGAUCCGAAAUUUUGAAUCCAUUGGUUUAUUAUGUGAUGGAAGACCUUGGGAUGCCUGCACAGGAAAAGACGGCUACGACUUCUGAAAGCCGAAAUAAAUUGAUUGCCAAACUUCCUGAGCCGUACAGAAGUUUAUUCGACAAAUGUAAUACAGCAUCGAAUGGUGACAGCAUCGACACCUUUGAGACUGCCUUGAAUGCCCUUUUGGACAGCGAAGCAAUUGGCAUGCCAGUGAAGAAAGCGGACAAAAAAUUAGAGUCUCAAAUUUGCCAAGAGCAUCGUCAGCAACUUUUACACGGAAUAAAGUCCGCCAAGGAUGUUGGCUCUGCAUUACGGUUGUGUGUGCUCGCGCUCUUCCUGAAAUUCACCGGUGUUCCGCUGGAUGCUCCCGGAAAAUUCGUCCCUCAGAUGAUCAACAUAAUAAAAUCAAAUCUGAACACAGAGCAACUUGACAUUUUAGAAAACUGUAAAGAGAAAAUGCAAAGUCAGCCUUCUCAAGAUGUUUUGUUGGAAACUAUAGACAAAUUGCAUCAAAUCGCGAAUGGUUGACCUUUUGAAGGUGCGGUAUAAUAUGUACUGAUUACUGAAUGAAAUUUCGUUGUUUUCUUGAUACAUGGUGAUUUGAUGUAUGUCAUUAAGAAAAGUUCUGAGAA